ACAUCGUACUCCAGGAAGAUAUUUUAUCCUCGUUUAUUUCCUCGUGUUGUUCUUCGGACUAAUACGUUACUCUUGGAUGAACCGGAUGAUACGACUCGACUCAUGGUCAUAUCGCCGCGAGAUACCCCACUACCGCCGUGAAACGUGUCUUCGGUCAACGGAAAACAUGAGCGAGUCGGCGCGUUUCGAUGGAGAACUGGUUAGUCGAUGCUUUGGCAGAGCUUCGGUGAGUUCGUUGAAUCAAAGCUUCGAAGAUUGGCACGCUGGAUAUUGGGGAUAUAAUCGUUAUAGUGUUGAGAUCCAGUGGAAUUAAAGUUUCGACGAAUAAAGUGCCAGAUAAAAUAUGCAUCAGCAGAACUUGCAGUGAGAUGUUACUGCUUUGAUUCGUGGAAAUAUUUAUUUACUCUGUGGAAUUGUUUCUUUGAAUGAUCAGAAAUGUGAUUAAUAUUAAAAGUAAUUUUAGGACUUUUAUUGUGAGAAAUCGACAAGAGUUUGCAUGCAUUUGUAUAAAUCGAUUGUUUGUCGAAAGUAUAAGUAUUUUUGACGAGGUCCCGCAAAUAUUCUUCAAUAGUGACAUCAUCGAGUUCUUAAGAAAAACCAUUUCACGAUGUUUAAAGUUCCUGUUUUGAUGACAUUGCUGCUGCAGCUGCUUUAUAUGCUGAUAGAAGUAUCCGGGCAAUCUCCGUGUCUUCAAUACUUUACAUAUAUAACUGAUCGUUCAACAAACGAAAUAAUGGGACAAGUUCAGAUUCCGUCCCCGCCAAGAAAUGUCGAACUCCAUUUGAGAGUGGGUUUAAGCAUCGCUGUUGCGCUACCCACGAAAUAUGUUGGUCAACUAAAACUGGCGCAAUCAAAAGAAGACUCUGUUCAGGCUGUACAAGAAGGUAGACCCUUAUUGUACCACAUUCAUUUUCCCCUGCGACGACCAAUUCCAUUAGUGACUGAGAUAUUGUUCAACAAUCAAGUAUAUUGCACGGGUCCUCGUGCUGUGGGAUCAGUCGUUACUUCUAUUGUGCUGGAGCACACUCUGUAUCCGCCAGAUGUGGUACCGCUCUCGUACAAUUCCCCUCCUAAUAUUCAACCGCCGCAUAAUAUGGAAACAUACAAUCCGGAGUUCAUUAUACCAGAAGUACAGACGAUCAGACCAUUUUUCAUGAUACCGACGAUUCAACCGAUUCAUCGUCCUUUGGGAUCGAAGAAACCUACUAUACAAUAUCCAACAACCACUGAACGUGUUAGCCUCUCUGACGAGAUUGAUAAAAACAUAUUUCUAAAUCCUAAUAAUCCUCAACCUCAACCUCAACCUCAACCUCAACCUCGACCUCUACCUCAAUCCAACCAAAUAAACAAUGAUAACUGUGGCCGCAGCAUUAACAUUAAUGAAAUUAAUCCGUUGAUCUCUAAAGGGAUCAAAACAUCGCCAGGACAAUGGCCGUGGUUAGUGGCUCUCUUCCUCGUGAAAAUUGAGUUUGAAUUUCAAUGUGCUGGGUCUCUCAUAACCAACAGACACGUCAUAACAGCCGCGCAUUGUUUUAAGAUGGAUGCCCAGACCAACGUGAAUAUACCUCCUAGCGCGAUGUUAGUCUCUUUGGGCCGCUACCGACUACGUGAUUGGCGAGAAGCUGGAUCUGUAAAUCGGGAAGUCGCGAAUUAUAUGCUUCAUCCUGACUAUACGCAUAAAGGUAGCGGCGACUCUGACCUGGCGAUUUUAAUUCUGAGGACUUCUGUUGAAUACAGUCCUACAAUCAGACCAAUUUGUUUAUGGCCCGGUUCAUCCAAUCUUCAGAACGUGGUCAAUAAAGCAGGAUAUGUAGUUGGAUGGGGUCGAGACGAAUUCGGUAAUCCUUAUCUUUCGGAACCACGAAUGGCAAGACUACCAGUAGUCAGUCAGGAAGAAUGUCUCUGGAGCAAUCCACGUUUUGUUAGUUUUACUUCAAACCGAACUUUCUGCGCUGGUUUGAGAGACGGCAGCGGUCCAUGCAACGGCGACAGCGGAAGCGGUUUGGUGCUCCACGAUUCAACCACGGGUCGUUAUCAAAUACGCGGUAUUGUUUCACGGUCGUUAUUCGAUCUUAACGAAAUGACAUGCGAUCUUACACAGUAUGUCGUCUUUGUUGACGUGGCCAAAUACAUACCCUGGAUUAAUCAACAGACUUCUAUUACGUAACAUUUGUAUCAUAAUUUGUGCAUAUACAUAAUUUAUAUACAGGGUGUUCAUUUGCAAACUUUCCAGCUAAUUAUCUCGAAAACUAUGAAAGAUAUUUAAAAAAGCUAAAACACGUUUUCCAUGAUUUUGAAGGGGAAAGAGAAUGGCAUUAACAGUUUCUUAU